AUGAAGUUUAAUUAUAAGUUCCAAAACUUGCUAGGAACAGUAUAUCGGCGUGGAGACAUUCUAUUUACAAAUGAUGGAAACUGUGUUAUCAGCCCAGUUGGUAAUAAAAUAACGGUUUACAAUCUUAAGCAAAAUAAGAGCAACACCUUGCCAAUUGAAAGUCACUUUAAUUACACUGCAGUUGAUGUCUCACCGAAUGGCUCUAUGCUGCUUGCAAUUAAUGAAAAGGGGGAAGCACAGAUGAUUAGUUUACUGACUUGUACAGUCAUACACAGAUAUAAAUUCAAGCAAGAAGUAAAUGCUGUGAAAUUUAGUCCUGAUGGGAAAUUAUUUGCUGCUUGCUGUGAUGAUACAGUUUUCAUAAUGACAGCUCCGAGUACUUUUACUGGUGAAUUUCGAUCUUUCAUAAUGAAAAGAGUAUUUAAAAAAGCAUUGGACCAAGUAACAUGUCUCGACUGGUCUACUUGUGGGAAAUUAUUAGCAGUUGGUUCAAAGGACACAACAACUAAAAUAUAUACAUCAGAAUAUUUGGAUAAUUUAAACAUGUAUUCACUGAGUGGACAUACAGACAAAAUUGUUGGUGUUUUUUUUGAGAAAAAGAGUUUAGACCUUAUUACUGUUAGUCGGAAUGGUCAGAUUUGCUUGUGGGAAGCAAGUAUUGAUUCAGAUGAUUUAGUUACUUCAGCUGUACAAAUUUCACAUAAGAAGAGAAGAAAAUUGCAAAAAGAAGCAGAACUUCAAGAAGAUGAAGUUGAUGAGGAGAAUGUUAUUGAGAAGGAUAAAGAAUAUGAAAGCGACAAAGAUGAAAAUAUGGAUAAUGAACCAGAGAAGAAAAUAGAAGAUGACAAAAGAUUACAGUAUAAAAAGCUUGGACGCCAUUACAUUGGCGAUGCUAUAAGGAAUGCUCAUCAUAAAGUGAAAUUAACUGCAGCAGCCUAUCACAAAAGUACUAAAAUAUUAAUAACCGGGUUCUCAACCGGUAUAUUCUUCCUCCACGAGAUGCCAGAUGUGAAUCUCAUCCACACCCUCAGUAUAUCGGAGCACAGGAUCAGUAGUAUCGCAGUGUCAGGUCAAGGUGACUGGAUAGCAUUCGGUUGUCCCAAGAUUGGACAGCUGCUUGUGUGGGAAUGGCAGAGUGAACAGUACGUAAUGAAGCAACAGAGCCACUCUUUAGACAUGACAUGUCUGGCAUAUUCCCCCGACGGCCUUUACAUUGUGACCGGAAGUUACGAUGGCAAAGUCAAAGUUUGGAACACUACUUCCGGUUUUUGUUUCGUCACUUUUAACGAACAUAAGUCGACUGUGACCAGUAUUGUAUUCAGCCCGAAUAAGAAAUUUUUUGUGUCGUCCUCGCUAGAUGGCACUGUACGGUGUUUUGAUCUUAAUAGAUAUCGCAACUUCCGUACACUGACAUCGCCGAGUCUGGUACAGUUUGGUUGCGUAGCGCUCGACUCCAGCAGCGAGUUGUGCGCCGCCGGGGGACAGGACGUGUUCGAAAUAUUCAUAUGGUCCAUCAAGUUUGGCAAGCUUUUAGAGGUACUAGGAGGACAUGAAGCACCCGUGUCUUGUUUAUCCUUCAGUCCCAUGCUUUCCAGCUCUAAGCUGGCUUCGGCUUCAUGGGACAAAACUGUUAAACUAUGGGAUUGUAUAGAGAGUAGUUCAGAUUGUGAAACAAUACAGCUCACAUCUGAUGCAUUGCAAGUUGUGUUCAGGCCUGAUGGUGAAGAGAUUGCAGUAUCAACAUUAGAUGGUAAUAUAUCAUUCUUCAACACAUCAACUUCAGAGCAAACUGGUAGCGUGGAGGGAAGGAAUGACUUGGGCUCGGGCAGAGCUGAUACUGAUUUGAUUACUCCGGAAAAGAUGUUGAAGACUAAAGCGUUCACAACAAUAUGUUACUCAGCUGACGGUCUAUGCAUACUCGGGGGAGGUAACUCUAAGAACAUUUGUUUGUACAGUAUCAAGGAAGCUGUGCUUAUUAAAAAGUUCAUUAUAACCCAAAACAGAUCUCUGGACUCUGUCAAUGACUUCAUAAACCGUCGUUUCCUUACGGAGUUUGGUAACAUGGCGUUGGUAGAGGAGAGGGAUAGUUUAGAGGGAGGUGAUGUGAAUGUACGUCUGCCUGGAGUCCGUGCCGGGGAUAUGGCCGAUCGGAAACUUAAACCUGAGGUGCGCGUCCAUUGUGUGAGAUUUUCACCAACUGGCGAGAGCUUCGCGGUCGCGGCUACUGAGGGACUGUUGAUUUACAGUCAAAAUGCCGGCUUUGAUGGUACUUUUAGACCAUUCAACCUCACCAUAUCAUCGACACCACUAGCAGUGUCCCAGUGUCUGAAGCGCGGCGAGUGGGGCGCGGCGCUGGUGCAUGCCCUACAGUUGAAUGAGCAUACCAUCAUACAGCAGUGUGUGGAGGUUGUGCCGCCUGCUGAUAUCCAAUUAACAGUGUCCAGUCUCGAAGAAGAAUACGCACAACGUCUUCUCAACUCCAUAGCACGUCUUCUAGAAGACAGCCGGCAUUUAGAACAUUUGCUUAUUUGGGUGAAACACAUUGUGACAAACAAACAGAAAUUUCCCCAAAGCGUGCUUUUGUCUUUGGAGAAAGUGUUGACGGUGAAAUAUUCUCAAUUGAGUAAAAUAUGUGAUUUCAACAAAUACACAAUACGUUGUAUCAAAGCAGUGAGCGCGAUUACUCCUAAACAAGAGGACGUGGAUAUGCACAGUGACCAGUCCAGCGGUCGCGGGACGUUCUCCGACUCGGAUAGUGAA